AUGAGCUUUCUUCAAGCAAAAACUCCAACGUGGCAAUCAAUUAAUGAUAAAUUCGAAUUCGCAUGUCCAGAUGGUUGGCAAUCUUUCAAUAGAGCAAGAGGAACAUAUUGCAUGAAGUUUUUCAAUGUUAGUUAUCCACAAUAUAUUGCGGCUGCUCAAUGUGCUUUGUCAGAUGCAUAUUUACCUGGAAUUGAAUCUGAAACUGAAUGGACCUGGAUGUAUAGUAAGUACAUUUUAUGAAUGACUGAGUGGGAAAAAUUAGUUGGAAUCAGAAUCUCGGAAUUCUCAAAUACCUCAAGUACUUCCAAAACAUGGUUUCUAAUUUCAAGAAUGUAGUCCAAAAUUCUUUUUAAAAAAUUAAUGAGACUUCCCAAGAAGAAAUCUCCGUUGACGUCAACAUCUGGAUUUUGGGAUGCAUUUUGUCGAUUUAGAAUUACCGUAAGAAGUGUGUCAGUUAAAAAAAAUGAGGAAAUUGUUUUCUGUCAAAAUAUAUGCUAAUUGUAGGCAUAUAUGAACCAUGAAAAUUUCCUCAAAAUCUGUAGAAAAAUAUAUUUUGCAGAUACUAUUCGGCCAUACAUUCGCCAAAUACCAAAUGGUCCCGAUCGGGGUUAUUUUUGGGUUGGCGGAGCUCGAAUUCCAGCAUGUUCAUAUAAUAUGUCAGAUUCUGCAUGGUGUACUAAACCCUCAGACGCAUUUAUCUGGGGAGAUUAUUAUUUGACUGGACCAGCAACCAUUCUUGACAAAUAUUUGAUACUAAGUAAUACAGAGUAAGUAUCUAAACAUGAGUAGAUGAUUUCGUAAUAACUAAACUUUGAACUGAAGUUUGAAAUAUUUUCUAACUGUGACUAUUUUCAGCCAGAUUCAGAAUACUAUAAUUAUGAGAGUAAACUAUGCUGAUGGUGGUCAACUUAUGUACUCCGUUUCGUGAGUUUAUUUGGGGUUCUCACCACCUUGUAAUAUAAUUUUAAUUUUUUCAGUCCAACCCUGAGCGGUGUUGAUGAAACUAAUUUUACACCAAUUGGCUAUAUGUGUGGAAAACCAGCCGAUAUAGUUGGAUUGAAAUCGACAUGUUCAACUUCUUGA